AAAAUCAUCAAAUCCCUGAUCACAAUUUGAAACUUAUAUUAGAUCCCUUCCCUAGGUUACUCAAUUUAUAGCCCCGCAGUCAAACUAUCCAUGUAUGGAUUUUCACAUAUUUCUAGAAAAAAAGCCCCGUUCAGCACAAUUUUGAAAAUAUGAGUGAGGCUCGUAUUUUCACUGUACGGCCGUUGGCGAAACAGCCACGGAGCGAUUUGCGAGAGUCGUUUCGUGUAUAUCUAUCACCAACGUCUUUGGCAUACCUUAAGCUAUCUCCUGGGAAUGUAUGUUUACUUCAUGUGGAAGGGGCACCCGGCAAGACUGCUAUUGCAUGGAAUGCCGUCGGAGAUAUCAAAAACACCGUGGUCCAGGCCUCAAGCACACUUCAAGAUUGUUAUGGAAUCAAAUUGGGUGAUAAGCUUACUAUCACAAAAGUGGAAACCGAGCUUAAGAUAGCGGACAGGGUACAAUUACAAGAGUGCACAAGCUCAGAAAAAUUAUCGAAAUAUGGACCGUUAUCUAGCGGCGAUAAAGGACAUUGGGAAUGGUCAAUAGAGUUUCCUUUGCUACAGUGUGAAAUUCUUGCUGUCGGCCUUGGCUUCGAUAUUGAACUCAAGGGACAACGUAGGAGCUUUAAAAUCGUUGAUAUCUCGACGUCAGGCGCUGCCACUCAGACCAUAUCUCGGUUCACAGAACGUUCUGCCAUCAAGAUUGGCGACGAUGUGGAAAUCGUGGAGAAUCCAGUUAACCUUGAAGUUAAAGGAUCAGGCUUGGGCGGAUUAUCGCGUCAGAUCAGCAAAUUAAAUCAAAUUUUGGUGGAUUUCAAUUCGGAGGGGCUGUUAGCCACUAUGCCUGGUUUCUACAGACCAAACCGAGGAAUUCUAAUAUAUGGUCCGAAAGGAACAGGUAAGAGCUCCUUGCUGCAACGCAUUCAGUCUGCUGGUUGGAAAAAUACAUUUGUCAUUAGUUCCAACAUGCUAGAUAUAAAUUCCAGUGGCAGUGAAGGACAAUUACGGCAAAUCUUCAAGGAUGCAUCUUUUUCACAACCCAGCGUUGUUAUUAUCGACCAGAUUGAAUCAAUCGCCCCUAAACGAAUGUCCCGAGAAGCCUUCUCGUUGGCGCAUGCUCUUUCCGAGUGCAUUGAUUCAUUGGGGAAAGACAAAGUUCUAGUUGUGGCAGCCACGCGUCACCCCAACAACGUUGAUGAUGCCUUGAGAACUGCACAUAGACUAGGUGUUGAGGUCGAGAUCUCUGUGCCGACCGCUACAGCUAGAAGAGAGAUUCUGCUUGCCAUACGUGACGGCUCAGCCGAGCCUAGCGAUGCUCUAAUAAACCUCAUGGCGGAGAAGACGCAUGGUUAUGUUGGUGCUGAUCUUUUUGCUCUUCUCCAAAUAUCAUGCCGCAGAGCACGAGACCGACUUGUUCAUGAUCUUUCGAUUUUGAACCCAAAGAUAGUCUCCCAUGACGUGGCAGGAGAUGCUGUUCCAGACGCUACACCGUUGACCAUUUCUGAAGAUGAUAUUACCCAAGCUAUGCUGGAAAUUCGGCCCACUGCAAUGAGAGAGGUUUUCCUUGAGACGCCAAAGGUGAGAUGGUCGGAUAUUGGUGGGCAACAGAAGCUCAAAAAGCACCUGCGAAAGGUGAUCGAACGACCUUUAAAGUUCCCAGAGAAGAUGCAGAGACUGAAUGUCAGAAGCAAGAAAGGUGUAUUACUCUAUGGGCCACCAGGUUGCUCAAAGACAUUGAUUGCAAAAGCACUGGCUACAGAGGCUGGACUCAAUUUUUUGGCCGUCAGAGGUGCCGAGAUACUUAACCAAUAUGUUGGCGAGUCGGAACGUGCCCUUCGAGAUAUAUUUCAAAAGGCUCGUGGCGCUCGACCUAGCAUCAUUUUCUUUGAUGAAAUCGAUGCCAUUGCCGCAAAACGCACAGGGUCCCAUGGUGGCGUUAAUGUACUCACGACACUGUUGAAUGAAAUGGACGGCAUUGAAGAGUUAAGGAACGUACUCGUUGUUGCAGCAACUAACAAGCCAGACGUAUUGGAUCCCGCAUUAAUGCGCCCAGGGCGCUUGGAUAAUAUUGUAUAUGUUGGGCCUCCGGAUUUUGCAGCUAGGAAGGAGAUUUUCACAAUAUGGAUGGGAAAAUCAGUCAUUAGCCCCGAUGUUGACAUUGACGAACUCGCCGCCAAAACUGAAGGAUAUUCUGGUGCUGAGAUUAUAAGUCUCUGUGAGACUGCUGGUGAGGCAGCUCUGGAUGAUGAAGAUGAAAGUGGACAAUCGCAGGAUAUCAUGCGCCAUCACUUUGAUAGCGCUUUUGAACGAGUAAAGAGCCAAUUGACGAGUGAAAUUAUCCUGGAAUAUGAGCAAUGGAGCAAGUUGUCUGCAUUCUAAAAGGUUGUUAGGUACUACCUACACUUGUAGAGUCUUUCAAGUUACAGUAAUGUAUAUUCAUGCCUCUUGGCCACUAUAAGAAGAAGAGCAUCUUUGUCUUUGCGGAACGAAUUUUUGAAAUUCCUUGCCCAAAGCAGACCAGAUAUGGCCAAGAAUUAGAUUAAAAAUAAUUAACUUCUCUAGCUAUCAUUUAAAUCUAAAUUUAUACAAUUUAAAU